AAGCCAAAACGGCGUGGAUUUAAUAGUGAUUACCCUAAAGACACAGAGAAAAUUAAAGACCCUCCUUCUGUUACACUCUUCCUCGCACGUGACUUCUACCAUAGUAGAAAUUCAUUGCCUUUUUGCACUGCAAGAGAGCAACGGAUCUCUUCUUCUUAUCCUAGAGAGAGAUUUAGGGUUUGUUCAUGGCUUCAACACUGCUAUUGAUUGUAGUUUUUGUGCUUGAUCUGGUUGCUUUUGGGCUUGCUGUUGCAGCUGAGCAGAGGAGGUCAACUGCCACGCUGUCCAAUGAUGCUCAGAGGAAGUAUUGUGUUUAUGACUCUGACAUUGCAACUGGCCUUGGGGUGGGAUCAUUGUUGUUCCUUCUAGCUAGUCAACUUCUUAUAACGGUGGCAAGUCGAUGCUUGUGCUGCGGAAGAGCCUUGAGGCCUGGUGGGUCAAGGGUGUGGGCAAUUGUCCUGUUCAUUACCUGCUGGGUGACUUUUUUUAUUGCUGAGGUGUGCUUGCUGGCGGGUUCGGUGAGGAAUGCUUACCACACCAAAUACAGGGCUUACUUGUCCGACACACCUCCUUCUUGCCAGACAUUGAGGAAGGGAGUCUUUGGAGCAGGGGCUGCAUUCAUCAUCUUCACUGGCAUAGUCUCUGAACUUUAUUACGUUUGCUAUUCCAAGGCUAAUGAUGCUUCCAUGGCCCUUCAUGGUGACACUGGUGUGAGAAUGGGAACUUAUGGUUGAAAUCACUCCGGGAAGGAGAUAUUCUGGUAUCCAUUUCAUAAUUUAUUUAUUUGUAGUAGAGAUAUGGACAGUGAUAAGUAACAGGGUGUGACUGAGUUUCCAUCUAUGUAUAUUACAAAGUUUAAUUGAAUGAAGAUUUUCAAGGGAAGAGUUGCUUGAA